CGGAGCUGCGCGAACAUGGCCGAAGUCGGCGAGGACAGCGGGGCCCGCGCCCUGCUGGCGCUGCGCUCGGCGCCCUGCAGCCCCGUGCUGUGCGCCGCCGCCGCCGCCGCCGCCGCCUUCCCCGCCGCCGCGGCCCCCGCGGCCCCCGCGCCCGGGCCCGCCGCCCCGUCGCCGCCGCCGCCCGCCCAGCCCCCGCCGCCGCCGCCACCGCCGCCGCCGCCGCCGCCGCCGGGCGCGAUCGCGGGGGGCGCGGGGGGCGCGGGCGGCGCGGGGGCCGCGAUCGCGGGCGGCGCGGGCGGCGCGACGGGCCCGGGCGCGGGGGCCGCGUCGGGCGAGGCCCUGGUGGCCGCGGCGGCCGCCUCGGUGCGCAGGAGCCCCGGGCCCGCGCUGGCGCGCCUCGAGGGCCGCGAGUUCGAGUUCCUCAUGCGGCAGCCCAGCGUCACCAUCGGCCGCAACUCGUCGCAGGGCUCCGUGGACCUGAGCAUGGGCCUGUCGAGCUUCAUCUCGCGGCGCCACCUGCAGCUCAGCUUCCAGGAGCCGCACUUCUACCUGCGCUGCCUCGGCAAGAACGGCGUCUUCGUGGACGGGGCCUUCCAGCGGCGCGGCGCGCCCGCCCUGCAGCUGCCCAAACAGUGCACCCUUCGGUUCCCUAGCACGGCCAUCAAGAUCCAGUUCACGUCGCUGUACCGUCAGGAGGAGGCCCCGGCGUCUCCCCUCCGGCCCCUCUACCCGCAGAUCUCCCCUCUGAAGAUUCACAUUCCGGAGCCGGAUCUCCGCAGCCUGGUCAGCCCCGUCCCUUCCCCGACCGGCACCAUCAGCGUUCCCAACUCCUGCCCGGCCAGUCCACGCGGAGCGGGGUCCUCCGGCUACCGCUUUGUUCAGAACGUGACCUCAGACCUGCAGCUGGCCGCAGAGUUUGCCGCGAAGGCCGCCUCAGAGCAGCAGGCGGACGCGUCCGGAGGGGACAGCCCUAAGGACGAGUCGAAGCCGCCGUACUCCUACGCUCAGCUGAUCGUGCAGGCCAUCUCGUCCGCGCAGGACAGGCAGCUAACACUAAGCGGCAUCUACGCCCACAUCACCAAGCAUUACCCUUACUACCGGACGGCUGACAAAGGCUGGCAGAAUUCAAUCCGACACAACCUCUCUUUGAACCGCUACUUUAUUAAAGUCCCUCGUUCCCAGGAGGAGCCUGGGAAGGGGUCUUUUUGGCGGAUAGACCCCGCCUCAGAAGCGAAGCUCGUGGAACAGGCAUUCCGGAAACGGAGGCAGAGGGGCGUCUCCUGCUUCCGCACCCCCUUCGGGCCGCUGUCGUCCAGGAGUGCUCCAGCCUCGCCCACCCACCCUGGGCUGAUGUCCCCUCGCUCUAGCGGCCUGCAGACCCCAGAGUGCCUAUCUCGAGAGGGCUCGCCCGUUCCGCACGACCCUGACUUCGGGUCAAAGUUAGCUUCUGUUCCAGAGUAUCGGUAUUCCCAAAGCGCACCCGGUUCUCCCGUCAGCGCCCAGCCGGUGAUCAUGACCGUGCCUCCCCGACCGCCCAGCCUGGUUGCCAAGCCCGUUGCCUACAUGCCCGCGUCCAUAGUGACGGCACAGCAGCCCUCCGGCCACGCCAUCCACGUCGUGCAGCAGGCUCCCCCUGUCACCAUGCUCAGGGUGGUCACCACGUCCGCCAGCUCCGCCAACGGGUACAUCCUCGCCAGCCAGGCCUCGGCGGGAGCCGCCCACGAAGCGGCGGGCACAGCCGUGCUGGACCUGGGAAGCGAGACAAGAGGCCUGGAGGAGAAGCCCACCAUCGCCUUCGCCACCAUCCCCGCCGCUAGCCGCGUCAUCCAGACGGUAGCCAGUCAGAUGGCCCCGGGGGUCCCCGGCCACACGGUCACCAUCCUGCAGCCAGCCACUCCGGUGACCAUCGGGCAGCACCACCUACCGGUCCGGGCCGUCACUCAGAACGGGAAGCACGCGGUCCCCACCAACAGUUUAGCCGGCAGCACUUACGCCCUCACCAGCCCCCUACAACUCCUGGCGGCCCAGGCGAGCUCAUCCACGCCGGUGGUGGUCACGCGGGUGUGCGAGGUGGGGCCCGAGGAGCCGGCGGCGGCCGCGGCCACCACCGCCACCGCCCCGGCCACCGCUGCCUCCGCCGCCUCUUCCACCGGGGAGCCCGAGGUCAAAAGGUCGCGCGUAGAGGAGCCCAGUGGGACUGUGACCGCGCAGGCCGGGGUGAUCACAGCCGCCGGCCCGCAGGGACCCGGAACCGGGGAGUGAAGACGCCUGCCUACGGGCCGAGUGGGACGCUCGCCAUAAGGGAUUCUGGAGCCAGGCCCUGACCGCCGACCCCCCUGCCGCUUGCGGACCGCGACAAGAAGGCUCCACGGUGACCUGCGCACGUGCCAAACGGACAGGACGGUCUCGGCCUCCACUCGCACCUGGACGCACUCGUCCUCCCUGUUCUGUCUCCUGCCCCUGCUGUGGUUUAAAACAAAACACAUAAACAAGUUCAGACCGCUGAUUGUA